UCCUUUCGCACUCCGCCGCAGCACCCUCAGCACCUCAGUUGAGCAGGAGCACCGCACUGAGUCACAUCUAUAUACACACACGCUCGCUACACGCACACACACAUACACGCGCACACACACGCACACAAGCACAGCCUCCUGCGGUAUCCCAUACGGCGCAGCGGCUUUUCCAACGGCAUACCAAGUGCGUCCUCACCGGGGGAUUGGGAGGUGCAGCUCCCGGUGUUUCAGAGAGCUCAGAGCGGCGUAGUAGAGUCCUGCUGAUCGGGGAUGCUGCUGGAAGUCUGCUGCUAUUUCUUUUUCCCGUGCAGGAAUCGCCUUCUGACUACACCUCCACCGGGGAUUUAAAGUGGACAAGCCGUUUGAUCAGGAUAUAACAUUAUUCUAAGCAUUUCUCAUUUUUUGGGGGGAGUAAAAGGAGUUGGGGAUUGCUCUGGACGUGCCUCUUAUCCGCAGUGUCGAUGCGGCUGUGAAGUGAUAUCUGCAUAGAUUACAGGUACAUAAUGUCCUCCAUCUCAAGAGAGGCUUGAUCCUGAUUGGCAAACAGUACUGGACUGUGCCUCCUUCCCUCUCCUCACCACUGCCAGCCUCAGCACAGCCAUGACGUCCCUCACGAGGACACGGACCUGCUUUUUUGUGUGCUGCUUCCUGUCUAGUCUGGCGCUUUCUGUGACCUCACAAACAGUGGUGCAAGCCCCACAGGCUCACAGUGCUGGUUCCCAGGUGAUCACAGCGUCCCUUCAGGAGGAGGAGUAUGCAUCGUUUCACGCUGAGAACCCAGAGUGGACAUUCAACCAUCUUGCGGUGGACUUUCGCAAUGGCAAUGUUUAUUUGGGAGCCGUCAAUCGCAUAUACAAACUGUCCCCGAGCUUGGAGGUUCAGGUGUCCCACGAGACUGGCCCAGAUGAAGACAACCGCAAGUGCUACCCACCACGUAUUGUCCAGCCCUGUAGUGAGCCACUGACACUCACCAACAAUGUCAACAAGAUGCUUCUGAUGGACUAUCGGGAGAACCGGCUGCUGGCAUGUGGCAGCCUCUACCAGGGCAUCUGUAAACUCCUUCGCCUAGAUGACCUCUUCAAACUCGGAGAGCCCUUCCACAAGAAGGAGCAUUACCUCUCUGGUGUCAAUGAGAGUGGCUCUGUGUUUGGUGUUAUUGUAUCAUAUGGCAAUGCCUCUCCAGACAUGCUGUUUGUAGCCACAGCAGUGGAUGGCAAGCCUGAGUACUUCCCUACCAUCUCUAGCCGCAAGUUGGCCAGAAACUCUGAGGAGGAUGGCAUGUUUGCCUAUGUCUUCCAUGAUGAGUUUGUGGCCUCUAUGAUUAAGAUCCCUUCGGACACCUUCACUGUCAUCCCAGACUUUGACAUAUACUACAUUUAUGGCUUUGCCAGUGGGAACUUUGUGUACUUCCUGACUUUGCAGCCUGAAAUGGGGGGCGGACCAACCACUGGGUCCUCCUCUGCUGGCCGGGAACAGGUCUACACCUCCAAGAUAGUCCGCCUUUGCAAGGCAGACACUGCCUUUAAUUCCUAUGUGGAGGUGCCUAUUGGAUGCAUUAGUGGCAACGUGGAGUAUCGAUUACUCGAGGCGGCCUACCUGUCCAAAGCUGGUGCUAUCCUGGCACGCUCACUAGAUGUGGCACCGGAUGACGAUGUACUGUUCGCUGUCUUCUCCAAAGGCCAAAAGAGGCGUCCACGCCAGGCCUCGCAGGACUCUGCACUGUGUGUCUUCUCUCUGCGGAAGAUCAACGAGAAAAUCAAGGAGAGGUUGCAGUCGUGCUACAAGGGUGAGGGCACACUGGACCUGGCCUGGCUCAAAGUCAAAGAUAUUCCCUGCAGCAGUGCGCUCUUGACCAUUGACGACGACUUCUGUGGCCUCGACAUGAAUGCGCCAUUGGGCGUGUCUGAGAUGGUGCGUGGCAAGCCUCUCUUCUCCGAUGCUGUUGACAAAAUGACCUCUGUCAUUGCCUACGUCUACAAGAACCACUCGCUGGUCUUCGUGGGCACAAAAAGCGGACGAGUUAAGAAGAUCCGGGUAGACGGCUCCUCUCGUGCUCUGCAGUAUGAGACGGUGCAGGCAGUGGAGAACGGACCCAUCCUCAGAGACAUGGCUUUCUCUUCUGACCACCACUACCUCUAUGUCAUGUCUGAGACCCAGCUGUCAAGGGUGCCAGUGGAGGCCUGCGGUCAGUAUGCAACCUGCAGUGAAUGUCUUGGAUCAGGAGAUCCCCACUGUGGCUGGUGUGUCCUGCACAACAUGUGCACCAGAAAGGAGAAAUGCGAGCGCUCAUCAGAGCCCCGUCGCUUUGCAUCAGACAUCAAGCAGUGUGUGCGUCUCAGUGUCCACCCAAACAACAUCUCAGUGUCCCAGUUUAGUGUCACGUUGGUGUUGGAGGCCCAUAAUGUCCCAGAACUUUCUGCAGGUGUCAACUGCACCUUUGAGGACCUGGCUGAGAUGAAUGGCUUGGUGGAGGGAAAUCGAAUCAAGUGCUCCUCCCCCGCUGAGAAAGAGAUGCCACGCAUUGUUGUCGACAAAGGUGACCACCAGAUUGUGCAGCUCUAUCUAAAGUCCAAGGAGACAGGCCUGGCAUUCGCAAAUACCAGCUUUGUUUUCUACAACUGUAGUGUGCACAAGUCAUGUCUCUCAUGUGUGAGCAGUCCUUACCAGUGCCACUGGUGUAAGUACAGGCAUGACUGUACCCACGACCCUCGCACAUGUUCCUUCCAGGAGGGCCGAGUCAAGAAGCCUGAGGGGUGUCCCCAGUUGCUGCCCGCAGAUAGGAUCCUUGUGCCAGUCAAUGUGGUAAAGCCGAUCACCCUUCGGGCAAAGAACCUCCCCCAGCCCCAGUCUGGACAGAGGGGGUAUGAGUGUCUGCUGACCAUCCAGGGGAAUGAGCACAGAGUUCCUGCCCUGCGCUUCAACAGCUCCUCAGUGCAGUGUCAAAACACAUCGUAUUUCUAUGAUGGGAUGGAGAUGAGCAGUCUUCCCGUGGAGCUGACCGUCAUCUGGAACGGAGAUUUCAGCAUAGACAACCCCGCCCACAACAAAGUCCAUCUGUACAAGUGCGACGCCCAGCGUGGAAGCUGUGGUUUGUGUCUGAAGGCAGACCCGCUGUUUGGGUGCGUUUGGUGUAAAGGAGAGAACCGCUGCACCCUCAAACAACACUGCCCCCACCCUGAGAACCAGUGGCUGGAGCACAACGGCAUCAACAGCAAGUGCACCCACCCACGGAUCACACAGAUAACCCCUCUACGAGGUCCCAGGGAGGGCGGCACACUUGUGACUAUCCGUGGUGAGAAUCUGGGACUGGAGUUCAGAGAGAUUCAGGAUAAUGUGAAAGUGGCUGAAGUGGAUUGCACCCCCAUACGCGAGGGCUACAUCCCUGCUGAACAGAUUGUGUGUGAGAUGGGUAAAGCAGAGAAGAGCCAGUAUACUGGUAACGUGCAGGUCUGCGUCGGGGUUGGAGAAUGCAGACCAGAAUUCAUGGCAAAGUCCUCCAAGUACUACUAUUUUGUGAUCCCAAGGAUUAUCAACCUCAAGCCCAGCCGUGGGCCAGUCUCUGGGGGAACCAUUGUCAACAUCACUGGCAGCCACCUUGAUGCUGGGAGCAAUGUGUCAGUCAUGUUUAAAGACCAGCCAUGCACUUAUCUGAGGAGGGGUGGGCAGUGGCUCACUUGCAGAACCCAUGCUUCCUUGCAUGGCUAUGGAAACGUGUCUGUGUCUGUGAGCAUAGACAAGGCUCAUCUCCAGAAAGACCUGCGGUUUGAGUAUGUGGAAGAUCCCACCAUCACCAAGAUAGAGCCUGAGUGGAGCAUCUACAGUGGAUAUACCCCAGUGACAGUGACAGGAACUAACCUGGACAUCAUACAGACCCCACUCAUCAGAGCCAAAUAUAACAACCAUGAGACACUCAAUUUUUGCCAGGUGUUGAGCCCGACAUCCAUGCUGUGCCAAGCCCCAGAGCUGUCAAUCAGUCUGGCCAGGCAUCAAGAGGUGCCUGAAAGACCUGAUGAGUUCGGCUUUAAACUGGAUGAUGUGCAGGCUCUGAUGGCACUCAACAACACCAAUUUUAUCUACUACCCAAAUCCCGAGUUUGAACCACUCAGUGUGUCUGGGGUGCUGGAGCUCAAACCUGGAUCACCCAUUAUACUGAAGGGGCGGAACUUCCUUCCACCGACCAAUAGUGGUAAUGGAAAGCUGAACUACACAGUUCUGAUUGGUGAGAAGCCCUGCAUGUUAACAGUGUCAGAGACCCAACUGCUCUGUGAGUCACCCAACCUGACGGGACGACACAAGGUCCUGGCACGUGUGGGUGGUAGCGAGUUUUCCCCGGGUGUGGUACACAUCACGUCUGACAGCCCACUCAGCAGCACGGCAAUCAUUGGCAUUGCUGCAGCUGGUGCCUUGCUCAUCCUUUUCAUCGUGGUGGUACUCAUUGCCUACAAGCGCAAAUCUCGUGAGAGUGACCUGACCUUGAAGAGGCUGCAGAUGCAGAUGGACAACCUUGAGUCACGUGUGGCUCUGGAGUGCAAAGAGGCUUUUGCAGAGCUCCAGACUGAUAUCCAUGAGCUGACCAGUGAUCUGGAUGGAGCAGGAAUCCCCUUCCUAGACUACAGAACCUACACCAUGAGGGUCCUCUUCCCAGGCAUUGAGGAACAUCCUGUACUCAGAGAUCUGGAGGUGCCAGGCUACCGCCAGGAGCAAGUGGAGAAGGGGCUGAAGCUUUUCGGCCAGCUCAUUAACAACAAGGUCUACCUGCUGUGUUUUAUUCGCACUCUGGAGGCCCAGCGUGGUUUCUCCAUGAGAGACCGUGGCAACGUGGCCUCCCUUAUCAUGACAGUGCUGCAGAGCAAGUUGGAGUAUGCCACUGAUGUUCUAAAGCACCUGCUGUCUGACCUCAUAGACCGCAACCUUGAGAGCAAGAACCACCCCAAGCUUCUGCUCCGCAGGACCGAGUCUGUUGCAGAGAAAAUGCUGACCAACUGGUUUACGUUCCUCCUUUAUAAGUUUCUGAAGGAGUGUGCCGGCGAACCUCUCUUCUCCCUCUUCUGUGCCAUCAAGCAGCAGAUGGAGAAAGGCCCCAUUGACUCUAUCACAGGAGAGGCACGCUACUCGCUCAGUGAGGACAAGCUCAUCAGACAGCAGAUUGACUACAAGACGCUGGUGGUGAACUGCAUCCAUCCAGAGAAUGAGAAAAGCCCAGAGAUCCAGGUGAAGGUGCUGAACUGUGAUACCAUCAGCCAAGUGAAGGAGAAGAUCCUGGAUGCCAUCUACAAGAACGUCCCACACUCUCACCGCCUAAAAGCCUCCGACAUGGACCUGGAGUGGCGUCAGGGUCGAGGACAGCGAAUGAUCCUGCAGGAUGAGGACGUCACCACUAAGAUUGAAGGUGACUGGAAAAGACUGAACAUGCUGUUCCAUUAUCAGGUACCUGAUAAUGCAGUAAUGGCCUUGGUUCCCAAGCAAGUUACAGCCUACAAUUCUGUAAACAACUCCACUGUGUCUCGAACUUCUGCAAGUAAAUAUGAGAACAUGAUCAAGUACACUGGAAGCCCCGACAGCCUGCGUUCCCGCACUCCUAUGAUCACACCUGACCUGGAGAGCGGGGUCAAGGUUUGGCACCUGGUGAAGAACCAUGAGCACGGAGACCAGAAGGAGGGUGACCGCGGCAGCAAGAUGGUCUCGGAGAUCUACCUGACACGACUUCUGGCUACCAAGGGUACGUUACAGAAGUUUGUGGAUGACCUGUUUGAGACCAUUUUCAGCACGGCCCAUCGAGGCAGCGCCCUGCCACUGGCCAUCAAAUACAUGUUUGACUUCCUGGACGAGCAGGCCGACAAACACAACAUCCAUGACCCGCAUGUCCGACACACAUGGAAGAGCAACUGCCUACCUCUGCGUUUCUGGGUGAAUGUGAUCAAGAACCCCCAGUUUGUGUUUGACAUACAUAAGAGCAGCAUCACAGAUGCCUGUCUGUCUGUGGUGGCCCAGACCUUCAUGGACUCCUGCUCCACCUCAGAACACCGCCUUGGGAAGGACUCACCUUCCAACAAGCUGCUUUAUGCCAAGGACAUUCCCAGCUACAAGAGCUGGGUGGAGAGGUACUACUCAGACAUUAAUAAGAUGCCAGCGAUCAGCGACCAGGACAUGAACGCCUACUUGGCAGAACAGUCACGGAUGCACAUGAACGAGUUCAACAGCAUGAGCUCUCUCAGUGAGAUUUACUCCUAUGUGGGAAAAUAUACUGAGGAGAUUGUGUGUGCACUGGAGCAGGACGAUGCAGCCAGGAAACAGAGGCUGGCUUUCAAGCUGGAGCAGGUGGUGGCCUUCAUGAGUCUGGAGAGCUGAGGACCGCACUUCCCAGGGCGCACUGGGAAGAGACCCCAUCAGAAACCGAGCCGUGCCUGAGCGAAGACCUGUCCCCAUCUUUUUCAUCAUGUGACAUCCUCCCUCCGCCUUUCAAAGAUGACUUCUUCCUUGACCUUUCUUCUGCUUCCUCUUCCCCAAGAAAUAUUUUGUUUUCCUCAUCCACUCUGCUGCAUAGACUAGUUUACCUGAAUAUAUCUGAAGGGUGGUUCGGGGUUGAGGUUGGCGUCUCCCACAGUGCAAUGCGGGGGAUCCCUCAGCUUCACCACAGGGAGAGCUUCAAGGGGUGAUUGCUUGAAAGCUGGCCAUAUUGGCAUACUUCAGUCCCCCUGCUGGAAGAAAAGAGGGGAAAAAAACAUUUUUAUGUUGCCUUCAAGAAUUUACACUGAUAGGUAAUUCUUUAAAAACCACAAUGUUGGGUGUCCAUUUUGUUGAGAACUUUUUUCAAAAAUAGGAUAGAAAAUAAAACCAUCUCUAGAGUCCAGUUUAUUGUAGUUCUAUAUUCAAUAUACGGAAUCAAGGGGAAACAUCAAACCUGAUGACUGCAAGCCAAAUGAACACCUCUGAAGAAAAUUAAUGCAAGGAUGGUUUGCCAAGUUUACACUGUACCUACAAACGAAGCAUACAUAUCUGCGAAAUUUGGGGCGAGUCCAGGCAAACCUAGAAUGUUCUUGUGUUCUUUCAAUGUAGCUGGAGUUGUAUUUAAGAAAAAGACUGAUGGGGGUAGGGAAGGAUUAGUGCUUCUCUGAACUUCUCCUUUAUUGAAAUGUGACUGACACUAAAACUUUACAAACCAGAGCAUCCCUAAUCUAUACCCCUUUGCAACAUUCGCACAUUUUCCCCUGCCCAGCAUACAUUUACUUAAAAAGAAAAUGCUCAUGAUUUCUGCUUCCAUCUGGCUUAUGUGGCUACUGCAAAAUUAACCUAUUAGACAACCCGGAGGCCCCGACCCAAGUUGGAUUCUCUGUAAGAAGCACACAACCAACUCUGGAAGACAGUGUUUUGACUGCUAAUCGAAACACCAGGAGCAGUCUUUGUCUGGCUCUUGCCACUUCCAAUCUUGUGCCGCCACUGCGACGGUCUAUCAAAGCACACACACAUGCACAGAUACACACACAAUCAGCAGCUGCCCAAGAUCCUGACUGCCCAGAAAUCUACGCCAACCCUGGAGGGGGUAAAGGGAAGAGCUGACUGAAAUAUAAUGGGUAAGAAACUGCUUGAUCAUUAAAAAUAAGAAGAAUGAUUCAAUACAGCCAGAGAUGGCUGACUGCUCCCUACAGGAGCUCUGUUGUGAGGGUAGCACUUCUUUCCCAGGAUGUUCUUAUUUAAAGACUUUUGUGUGGAGAAAUCAAACAAGAUGGACUUAGUCGGUCAGCCAAAAAACCAAAGGAGCUUGAAAUUUUCAAAACGGUCAAAAAUGUAUUUGUAAAGUGCCACUGAGGAACUGACAAAAGGACUAUGUAAAAGACAACCACUUCUGGGACAAAAAAUAUUGUGACUGGAACUUUAAGAAACCUGUGUGAUUUUUCUGACCUCAGUGUGUCGAGGUGAGAGGCUCUGUGGGCGAGGUGAUCUGAUCCUCCUUUCUCUUUCCAUCGUCCCAGGUCUCUCCAGCUCUCGGCACACCGUUCACCCUUGUGUCCGGCUCCUGACUUACCAGUUUUCUUUUCUGUUUUGCACAAGCGUUGGAGAUGGUAGCUAGUUGCAUACGGCAAAACCCCAACUCUUGAGUGUGUAACUGUUGAGGCGCUCUUGUCUGUAUUAGUGUAGUUGUCCUCAGUGGCGGCAGGGGGCAGCCUUCUCCAAGCCUCAAAAAAAGAAACAAAAAAAAAGAAAAAAUCUGAUAAAGCAGAGCAGGAACAGAACAAGAUGUGAACAUCACGGCAGGAUAAAGAGAAAAUGAUAGACAUUAAAAGUAUAUAAGACUUGUGGAGAGAGCGAUUGAAAGAGAGAUGAUGGAGGCGCCCUCCGUACCUUUUGACCUCUGCCCUUUCUUUUGCCUUGACAACGUGCCCCAUGUGGUGAUGUGAAUGUGUGAAGACCGCCCUAGGUCCACCUUGGGUCCUUUAUUGGCUUUUUAAGCGCAUGUAAAACGUAAACAAUUUAAGAAACUUAUUUAAAAAAAAGUGAAAAAUAAGAAAAUUAAGCCUUGCAAUGAUGAUGUGGAUGUGUUCUUUUAUCUUUCUUUUGCUUGGAAGAAUUGAGAUGGAAAAGUGGAUUGUUCAUGUAAUAAAAACUAUAACUUUCGUUUAAGGUGGAACCUUUAUCCAGUUCAACCCCUACUGCAGAACCUCAUACCCAUUGUUUUUGUGAAGUGUUAGAUGCUAAAUAAAACAGAUAUUAUAUACCCUUGCAUGUUGACCUAUUUGGAUGGUAUGAAAUGGAACUGCCUUGCUCAAAGAUAUUUAUAUACUUCUACUACUAAUAGGGACUUUAAAGUCAUUAACAAGCCAAUUGUUCAUUUUACGAGUAUGGAUCUCACAUAAAGACAACAUGAACCCUGUUCUGAAUUUCUUGUUCUGUUGUCCCUCCAUUGCAGGCCAUCUCGGUUUUGUGACAGCUGUGUCUCUGGUUUUAGUUUUGGUACACAGAAGAUGCAAGUUGAGUCUUGCUCUGUCUUUGCUGCUAUUACAUUUUCUUUUGAGAGUUGUUUAUUGCAUAAGAUUGAUUAAUUCAUCAUGAUAACUGCUUAAUUUUUUUUUCUCCAUCAGUCGAGCCCAGAACAGAAAAGAAACAUUCUGAGUGAUGAAGCCCUGUUUUCAAAUCACUAAAGAUGGGAACAACUCAUGAAAACAAACAAUUUUAUGAAAAGCAACAAAAGUCAGCAGUUUACUUGUGUUCCCUUUCUGUUUUCUUGAAAAACACACAGAAGAAACAACGUAUACAUGUGAUUUAUCAUACAGAUAAACACAACUUUCUAAUAAGACAGGCACAUUAGGCUUGAUAGUAGACUUAUGUUUAAGACUGAGUUUGGCAAGUGACUGUUUCUGUUUUAGCUCUUGUGUCAAAUGUUUGUGAGAUUUCCAAGUCAUUGUCCAUUAAUUACUGUCCGCAGGUAUAUGAUAUGAUGAAUGUCUGUUGUUUCAACUUAGAGGGGUACAUUCACAAGGUGUUUGCUGGACAAGUUAUGUAGUAAACAUAUCAAUAUUAUAAUAAUACAUUAUUGGAAAAUGAGGGGAAUAAGGAUUGAUUUAGCAACUGGAUGAUUCAUUCAAGCAAGGCUGGCAUUAAUAUUGUAAGAAAUGUAGUACUGAAACACCUUAAGACAAUUUCAAAGAACCUCUAUCAUUCAUGUAGCCAAUGCAUACUCUGUCUAGAUACCCAAAGUUUCCCCUCACAGCCCUGUGUUAAUAAAUAACACAAGGUCAGAGUCCUUGACUGCCAUUGUGAAUCUGCCCCCCGAUGUAACAUCCUGUCUUUCAUUUCUCCCUGCCCUGUCCCUUCCCCUGCAACAAAGGUUGUCUCUAGUAGCCACCCUGUGUUGCCAAGAGCACAGAUAAAGUUUCCACCUUCAAACGUUUUGUAGGAACUAAAAAUGUCCUCCUAGCUCAGUGUUAUAGCAGGUGUUACAGAAACAUGCUAGAAAAGACUUUUACUAGACCAUAUUUGAAAGAUAAAGAGUAUCUUAUCGAGAGAUAAAAACGAAACCUGGGGGAUAUAAGGCGAGCUUCUCUAACUUUGUUAUAAUUAAUUGUAUACCUGUGUAUGUAAAUAUAAUGCAUUCCUAUUUUGCAGUCAAGAACAAAAUACUAUUUGUAAUAUAGAAUAAACUUUAUUAUGAAACCAA